CCUUCUUGCGCAAAGUUUUAACGCCUCACUAGCUGCUUUUGGGGGGUGGGGGUGGGGGGGUGUCUACAAUGGCAACCGGAAAUGUAGAUGUGCUUGCUCUCCUCUUUGGGCGACUCUGCUGCCCGCCUGCAGCUGCGUGAAGGGGUUGGAGCCUCGCCUCGUUGUUAACAGCAACGAGGAGAGCUUGUCUCUGGUGGCUCCAUGUCGCUGCCGGAGCCGGUGAGGAGGCGCCUGAGCAGCUUCAGCCGGACCGUCUUCACGGACACCAGCCGCACUGGACCAGAGUAUCAACGUGACAACAUUCCCGAUAAUGAAAUAGUCUCCAGUUUGCCUUUACAGAUGUCCCUCUAUUUCAACCUUUUCUUUUUCCCUUUUUGGUGGGUGAGCAGUGUAGUCAUGCUGCAGCUGAAGUAUCCAGUUUUACCAGAUUACUACAAGUUCAUCCUUGUGACAGUCAUUAUAUUAACAUCUCUGAUUGAGUUUAUCCGUCUGUACCUAGGAUACAUGGGAAAUUUGCAGGAGAAGGUUCCUGAACUUGCUGGCUUUUGGCUCCUGAGCCUUCUCUUGCAGUUGCCCUUAAUUCUGUUCCUGCUUUUAAAUGAAGGUCUGAAGAUCCAGCCACUGGAACGAGCAGUGAACAUCAUCUUUGUCAUCUUCCUGGCGUUCCAGGUCAUUUCUGCAUUUCUUGCCCUCAAAAGAAUGGUGAACCAAUUGGCAACUCGUUUUCGCCUUCAUGAGUUUGAUCGGCUAGAUGAUGAACUCCCUCCGGAUAACCUAGCAUGGAAGGAAAGGAGGACAGAAACUUCAUGGAUUGUGAGACCUCCUGUAGAAGAAAUCCACUCAACCGUGGGUGGUUGGGGAUCUACAGUGAGAGCCUAAUGCCAAGCAACCAUCUGUUUAUACUCUUUGGUUCCUGUUGCCUUUGCACUUUUGUAUGUCUGAGAUUCUGAUUUAGUUGUUCAGCUCAUUACAAAUUUUAAAAAGGCUACUACUGUAUGUUUACAGUGGACCUCUGACAUGAGUUAAUGAUCUUUCCCUCCCCCCUUACUCUGAAAACAACAAAUGCAUGCAUAUAAAAACCCACUUUUAUUUUGCGUGGGUUGUGAGUGGAAGAUCCACUCUUCCUCAAGUUAUCUAUCUUGUGAUAUUUUCACAUGUGCUUCUCCACAUGCAUUUUUCAGUGAAGGAAAAUGAUGUUUUAUCUGUAUCAGUGCUCAGGUUUCACAAUUCUUUUUGACAACUAUUAGGGUUAAAAUAUUUUUUAAAGUUUGCUUCUUUAAAUAUUUGGGCAAGGGUUAUAUUAACGGUAUUUCUGUAACUGUUGAAAAAAUAUUUUGUAAUAAAGCACUUUUGUUUUAACACA